AUGUUCUGGCUCUUUUUCGCGGGUGGGGCUGCCUAUUUCAUCCUCCAAUUCCUUCUCAGACCAGAUCCGAUCAAACUUUUGAAUAUCUAUGGACAACCUGGAAAAUGGUAUUUUCUGAAAUUUAAUCUGAUGAAAUUCAUCAUUGACCGUCGUCAAAAGAAGAAGAAUGCGAAGCCAGAAUCAUCUGAAUCCAACAAAGAGAAUCUGAUGAACUCACAAUGGGGAGGCGAUGGAGGAGAGAGAGAUAUUCAGGAAAUGGAGAAGAAACAUGAUCUGAAAGAGGAAUGGUCAGCUGACGCCGUGUUCUUCGAUGCAUCGAAUCAAGAUGGAUGGUAUUUUACACUUGGAACUGCACAACGAUCAAAUGAUAUCAUCAAUCUAUUUUUCAUUCUUCGAAUUCCAGAAGUUGGAACUUUUGUAAACGAAGAAAUCCACACUGAAACGAAUGUCAAGAGUAUUCGUUGUUCAGAGAAAGAAUGGAAAACUGAAAGUGGAUUCGUUGUUUCUUGUAUUGAACCAAUGAAAAAAUGGAGACUUCGAUUCAAUGGAAAACUGGCGACGUCUCCAGGGAAAAUCAACUUUGUGAAAAAUGGAGCUGAAAAAAUGAAAGAUGAUGUUGAGGUUAUCGAUGCAAACUUCGAUUUGACCUGGACAAAUUUUGGAGGGCAAUUCGAUUUCGAUAAGAUGUGUUCUCCGACAGCAAUAGCUCAUUCGUUGGCAAUUGAACCAUGGAGUCGAGGUCUAUUUGAUAAAAUGAGAGCAUCACAUCAAACUCAUUACGAACAAUUUGGUAAACUAGUGGGAGAUAUUAAAAUUGGAAAUAAUGAGAAGAAAGGAAUUAGAAUGACAAGUAUGAGAGAUCAUACUAUUGCAGGAUAUCGUCGUUGGUCUGACAUCAGAAGAUAUAUCAUGAUGAUCUACCAUUUGGAAGACGGAACAUGUAUUCACACAUCUGUAAUUUCAAUGCCAGAAACUGUUUUCAGUCAUCUUGAAUUCGGAUAUAUAGUUACUCCAUCCGGAGAAACGAAACCAGUGGAUCGUGUUCAUUUCUCGCUUCCAAAUCACGGAGAAGAUCGUGAUUUCCCUGAUGAUUUCCACUAUUCCUUUGAAGUCGAAGGCAACACUUAUCAUGCUGAUGUUCAUAUCAAAGAGGUUGUCUCGUUCAAAAUGGGUUUGGAUCAAGCUUGUCAGGUCAAUGAGGGCAUGUGCGAGUAUCUUGUCGACGGAAAAAGGGGAUGGGGAUUCGCCGAGGUUGAGUAUCGCAUUCACCCAUACUGA